AUGCCGUUAUCAUUGCCUGGAGCACUUCAUCCUAGUAAUAAGUUUUGUAUAGAUUGGAAUACUUCAGGAAUUAUAGCUUAUGGAUCGCAUAAUACUAUUCUCAUAGUUGAUGUUUCAACCUGCAAGCGAAUCCAAACAAUCGAGCAUCAUUCAGCCGCUGUAGAGAACAUAUGUUGGGCACCUUCUUCAACUUAUGGAGAGUUUGGCAAGAAUAAUAGUACCCUGAUAGCUUCUUCUGAUAUUGGGGGUCAUAUUCUCAUAACAGAUGCUUUCUCUGCGGUAUGCAAGGCUCAAUUCGUUUUGGCGGGGACCAAUGUCUUGGCAAUGACAUGGUAUUCUUCAAAUAUGGAUUCUACUAACGCUUUAUUAGCUCUUCAUUCCGGAAAUACAUUAGUUAUGUGGAACACUGUUAAAGGGGAAAAAAUUUGGUCACAUACGUACACUCACAACCUUCUUAACAUGGCCUUAGACCCGUUCAACAAUAAGGAACUUGUUUUUUCUUCUACGGGAUGUUCUUUGGUAAUAGUUCGUGAUAUAAGCAUGAACAAAGAGCCUUUCAAUAAUGGAUUCUUCGCCAACCUUAACGAGACCUCUUCUAUCUCUAAUAAUGUUCAAUAUCUCACUUAUCACAAGGCUUACAAAAAUUCGUUAUUGGUUCUUGCAAACAAUCAACUCAUGCUCUUUGACACAGAGCUAUGUGUAGUUCUUACCCAAACCCAGAUGGAGUCUAACCUAGUCUCCUUGAAUUCUUGUUCUCUCCGUGAUGCCAUUUACUCCAUCCAAUCCAAUGGUUCAGUUACUCUACGAGUUGGAACUUACUGUUCUAAUGAUGACCGGGCUGAUGCACGGUUCGACUUUGAGAAGAUUGUGAGCUCUGAAACUCAUAGACAUAGUGCCCAGCAAAAAGUUGUUGGAACAUCAUUAUGUCCAAUAACAGAAUCAACCUUGGCUGUUUUGUACAACAGUGGAAAAAUGGUUUUCUGGCAACUGAGUUCUGAUGGCGUCCCUGUCCAAUAUAUGAAAAGCUCGAUAGAGAACUUCAUUAUUUUUGACAGUACUCUAUCCACAAAGUCCGUUGAAUCCCUCAAACUGUUUCAAACUGGUUUCAUAGGAUCUUUGAACACCACCGUUGGAUGUGUAAGAAUGAGACCAAUGGAUGAAUUGGGUAAAACUAAAGAAGAUAGCUUUGCAAGUUCUGAGUUUGGUGCUUCGCAUGUUGCUGCUGUGGGUACCCAUGCAGGCACUGUACAUUUAGUCGAAGUUUUCAACUCGAAAGUUUUGCGGGAGUUCUAUGUACAAUCAUCACCGAUAAGAAGCUUAGAAUGGGGCGGAGCUUACACAAUUCUAACUGCUGGAUACAACCAUGCUUUGAGCACUACUCACAUAGUAAGGAAUGAUAUUUACGCUACCGAUAUCAGAACAGGAAUAAGCAGAAGAAUACGACCUGAGUACGAUGAAUCACCGGUUAGCUUGGUGCGAGUGUCUUAUUAUCAUUGCUACCUGGCGUUGGCGUUUCAACGAGAACCUCUGGAAAUAUGGGAUUUGAAAACUUUCCGUCUUUUACGCAAAAUGAGUCGAACUUGUCCUUUGAUAGUGGAUAUGGCUUGGUCUAGUAAGCAUCAUGGAAUGAAAAUGACAGAAAGUAGUUGUCAGAGCGUUUACAGAGAGAACCUAGUCGUUUUGGAUUCUGAAAAUCGACUCUACCACGUUGCUGUGAAAGGCUUACACGUCAAAGAUGGAAAGGAAGUAAACACUCAGUGGAAGAGUGGAGGCUGGACUAUUCGAAGCAUGGCAUGGAAGGACGACAUGUUGGCUAUGGGGGAUGCAGAUGGAAGAAUAGCGGUUUGGGAUUUGGGUCGCAAGCUAUCGCGACAUAUUCGUGCAUCUCGCUUCCCAGUCUUACGGAUGUGCUUCUCUCGUCUUGCUGGAGACCAUUCGUUGGCUGUUUUACAUCAGAGAGAGCUUGUCAUUUGGGAUACUGAAGCUCUGGUACGCAUACAAGAAGUGAGUAUCGAAUCAUCAAGAGCUGCAUUGGAUAUGGAUCUUUGUGGAAUUUCUCCAAUCCUAUUAACGAAUGACAACGUGUUCCGUUUUCUGCCAAGUUCUGCGAAGAACAACUCGAUCGCUGAAAAAGAUAUUCCAAUUUUGAUGAAUUCUUCUGCCAUUGAAAAAAUUGUAAACGACUUCGACAUUGGACAGAGCGACGUUCCUUCAGUGUCAUGGCUUUUGCAGAAAAAAACUCCUCGUCCUCUGAUUGACGAAGACAAAAUUGAUUUGACUUCUGUGACUAACGAAUCUCUACUUUCCCGAUUCAUUGGCGACAGAUUUGGAUAUCUGCUUCUUGAGAUUGUGAAGUUUGCAUUAGAUCCAUCAGUUAAGAAAGAACAGUUACCUCCCGUUCUUCAACUCUUCUGGCCGAAUGACGUGUUUAAGGAGAGAGAACUCAGAGUUACUUGUGCAGCUUGUGCUGCAUCCGAUGCCAUGGAGAGCAGAAUUGUUGAAAGAGCUGUUGUGACAGGUGGAAAAGCAAAAGAAAGAGCAGUUGAUCGCUUAAUUGCCAGUCCCGAUUUGCGACAUGCUAGUAUGAAGGCUGCUCUACUUGUCUCAAGUCAAGAUAGUGAACAAUCAAGGUCUCUGAUUAAACUCAUUGCCACUAAUUUAAUCGCAUCAGAUAUGAUUGAGGAUGGAGUAGAAUUGCUUUUCCUUGUUGGAGCUGGUGCUGAUGCAUGUAAGUAUCUCCAGUCACAGAAGCAUUGGGCAAAGAGUGUGGUUUAUGCAAAAAUGGGAUUGGAAGAUCCUAAAGAGUUGAUCGCAAAAUGGGUCGCUUAUCUCCAAGAAGAAGAUGUGGGUUGUUACAUUCUUGCUCAAGCGGCCCGUAUGGAAUGGCCAUCUGUAGUUGAGGCUCUAACCAGCAUAGGUCGGUCUCGUCUGGCUCAUAUCAUUUUACGAACUGCCACAAGUUCACCCCCAUCUACGACUGCUAGUGUUAGUGAAUAA